GUGUGUCCCUCACCUGCAGCAUGUCCAGGGUGACCCGGCCAGGUGUGGUGACCACCUUGCCCUCCCGGCGGCCGAGCUGGCGGGACUGGAAGGCCGAGUCCUUCAACCUGCGACGGGACCCCCCGGACCCGGCCCAGGUGCUGCUGAGGGAGCACAAGCUGCGCUCGUACUCGCUGAACGCCGUCAGCGCGCACUUCCUGCACGAGCAGAAGGAGGACGUGCCCCAUGGCAUCAUCACCGAGCUGCAGAACGGCGACGCGCAGACGCGGCGCCGCCUGGCCCUGUACUGCCUGAAGGACGCCGUGCUGCCGCUGCGGCUGCUCGAGCGCCUGAUGACACUGGUGACGCUGGUGGAGAUGGCGCGGGUGACGGCCGUGCCGCUCAGCUACCUGCUCACCCGCGGCCAGCAGGUCAAGGUGGUGGCGCAGCUCCUGCGGCAGGCCAUGCAGGAGGAUUUGCUGCUGCCGGUGGUGAAGUCGGAGGGGGGAGAGGAUUUCGAGGGGGCCACGGUGAUCGAGCCCCUCAAGGGGUACUACGACGUGCCCAUCGCCACGCUGGACUUCUCCUCUCUGUACCCGUCCAUCAUGAUCGCUCACAACCUGUGCUACACCACCCUGCUGCCCCCCGGGGGGGCUCAAAAACACGGGCUGGGCCCCGAGGAUUUCAUCCGGACCCCCACGGGGCAGCUGUUUGUGACCCCCCGGGUGCGCAGGGGGGUCCUGCCCCGGGUCCUGGAGGGGCUGCUGGCCGCCAGGAGCAGGGUGAAGGCGGCGCUGGCCGAGGAGCAGGACCCCGAGCGGCGCCAGGUGCUGGACGGGCGGCAGCUCGCGCUCAAGGUGAGCGCCAACUCCGUCUACGGCUUCACCGGGGCGCAGGCCGGGCGCCUGCCCUGCCUGGAGAUCUCCCAGAGCGUCACCGGCUUCGGGCGGCAGAUGAUCGAGAGGACCAAGCAGCUGGUGGAGAGCGAGUACCCGGACGUGCAGGUGGUGUACGGGGACACGGACUCGGUGAUGUGCCGCCUGGCCGUGCCCUCGGUGCCCGAGGCGGCCGCCCGGGGCCGCGCCGUGGCCACCUGGGUGUCCGGGCACUUCCCCUCCCCCAUCCGCCUCGAGUUCGAGAAGGUGUACCUGCCCUACCUGCUGAUCAGCAAGAAGCGCUACGCCGGCCUCUGCUUCCCGGGGGGCUCCGGGGGCGCCCCCAAGCUGGACUGCAAGGGGCUGGAGGCCGUCAGGAGGGACAACUGUCCCCUGGCUGCCAACCUGGUGACAGCCUGCCUCAGGAGGAUCCUGCUGCACAGGGACCCCCAGGGGGCCGUGGCCCACGCCCAGGAGGUGAUCUCAGACCUGCUCUGCAACCGCAUCGACAUCUCCCAGCUCGUCAUCACCAAGGAGCUGACACGGGCAGCCAGCGCCUACAGCGCGCCCCAGGCCCACGUGGCCCUGGCUGAGAG